CUCGCCGCCAUGUAGCGGCGCAGAGUGGCACCUCUCCAGUGCGCAGUGUGCGUCUCCCGCUCGCGCUCCGACAUCCGCCGUCGUGUGCGAGCGCCGCGGAGGAAGAAGCGGAGCUGCGGGUGUUCACGCGCCAAACGACGCCCGCAGAAUUGCGCGCCGGGGCGUUUUUUUUUUUCUUUUUUUUUUUUUUGUCCGCUGAACGUUCCUCGCCGUCUGUGGGUUCGUGGAGCGCGUGCGGUGACGGGCACGACAAUGGCGCGCGCUGUUAGACAGCAGGACGACGCGCCUUUGACUUUUGAGGAAUGGGCUCUGUGCCGGAGCGCUCGCCGAGGACUGCAGCCAUUUAUUUAGUCGCGUCCACCUUGAGAGCAGCCACGGCGAAGUGAACUAAACUAAACAACUGGCGCGCGUUCAUUCCCGAUUGUUCUCGCCGCGUUCGCCGCAGCGCGUCUCCAACCCGAGCGCCCCCGAGCAUCUUAAUUGAUGGGGACUCUGCGCACCGGACGCUGACCGCGGGCUGCGUCUUCUGCGAUCCCGAACCGCCUGCCGUUAUUUGGUGUCGCUCCGCUUCUCUGCUGCGGUCGAGCCGCUCUCGUCGUCCAGUUCCCCGCAGCGUUCGCUCACAAUGCCGGUAAACGCGCUGCCCCGCGGCGGCGGCGCCGUCGGCGGCCCGGGGUCCCUGAGCCCGGCGUCGCUGUCCCGCAGCCUGUCCCGACUGAGGGAGUACCGGACCCGGACCCGGAUCAUGCUGGCGCUGGGGGUCUCCCAGAUGGUCCUGGGGAGCCUCAUCCUGGCCGUCAGCUUCGCGGCUCUGGCUCUCACCACGUCGCCGAGAGUGCGGCACUCGUGUCCGUUCUGGGCGGGAUUCUCGGUGCUGCUCUCUGGUCUGAUCGGAGUGGUGUCAUGGAAGAGGCCGCUGUCUCUUGUGAUUACCUUCUUCAUGCUCCUGUCAGCCGUGUGUGUGAUGCUCAACCUGGCGGGCUCCAUCCUCUCCUGUCAGAACGCUCAGCUGGUCAACUCCCUGGAAGACUGUCAGCUGUGUGGAUGUGUGUUCCCCCCUUCUAUCCCCCAGCUUAAGUUUGACAGCGAUGGCGUGUGCGUGUGCUGCGAGCUGCAGCAGCAGAGUUCGAGCUGCAACAACCUGGGAGAGACGCUGAAGCUGAAUCCACUGAGGGACUGCAACACUAUACGCCUACACCUCAAGGAGCUGCUUUUCAGCGUGUGCGCCCUGAACGUCAUCUCCACCAUCGUGUGUGCUUUGGCCACUGCCAUGUGCUGUAUGCAGAUGGUCUCCACUGAUGUGCUGCAGAUGUUCAUGCCUCACAGAGCACGAGCCCUGAAUGCUGACUGCAUGACCCCCCACGGAACCAUCCUGCACCAGACGCUGGACUUUGACGAGUUCAUCCCUCCCAUUCCCCCUCCACCGUACUACCCCCCAGAGUACACCUGCACCCCCUCAAUGGACGGACAGAGAGGGCUGCACCUGGAUUUUCCCCACUCGCCUUUCAGUGCCAUCUAUGGGGUUCCCAUCAACAGCCCAGGGACUCUUUACCCGACAGACCUGCCCCCUCCUUACGAGUCUGUGGUCGGGCAGACGCCCGCUAGCCAGAUCACCACCAGCAUAGAGCAACAGGCUACAGAGUCCAGCCCGUGUGAGAGGAACACUACUGCAGGAAUCAGCACUCAGGCCUCCGUGGACAGCGCCUCACUCAUGGUGUCCGAAGUCGCUGAUCAGGACCAGACUUGCUCCUCGGAGGACCUGUGCUCGCUGGAGGUGCAGGGCUCCGACUCGUCUCCCUACGGCACGCUCCACGCGGCCCCCGCGGACGGCAGCUGCACCAGCCUGGAGCUGUGCACGCGGGGCUCCUCGCGACGCCACCGCGGCGCGUCCAGCGCUGACGCUCGCCCCGGCGAUACCGGAUACAGCGAGUCCUCGCACACCCAGGAGUCCCUGGAGCGCUCCCCGGACUGGUCCUCGGAAAACUUUAGCAAUCUGGACCAGGAGGACUCCACAGAGAGCACCCAUCAGUGUGAGGAUCUCAGGGCUGCAAUGCACAUCGGUGAUGAACUCGCAUCAGCCAAGCACUUACCAGAUGAGCCGCCUAAAGCACUGACUCACUCCCUUAUCAAAGCACGAAUGAUGAGCAGGAAGCUCACCCUCCCUGUCAGCGUCCCCCCUCCGCCUCAGCCUUGCUCGCCCAUCUCUCUGGCCUCCUCUGGUGGAACCUCGGCCAUCAGCCCCAUGGCUCCCUCUCCGUCCCCCUCCCCUCCCAGCAGGCCGCGGGGGCCCAGGCUGUGCUUCAGCGUUUGGUCACCUUCCUCUGCAUCACAACCCAUCUCUACCUCAACCCAAAUUGGCUCUUCGCCCUCCGAGAGACCCCGGGGGCUCCGGGCGGCCCGGAGGUACCGUAAGCUGGCACGCAUCGUCCGCUCCACCAGUGACCCCAUCUCCUGCUCCUCCACAGCUGGAAGAGAAAAUGGCAGCUGUGCCUCUGUCAAUAACCCUGCUGCUGCUGACGGCUCUGCUUCGACGCCGCCCGAGCAAGGUUCGGAGCUGAAAGAAGCCUCCACCGAGGUAGUUGCAGCUAAACCCAGUCACUCGAGUGUCAGGAAGCAGCAGAAAGAGGACAGGAAGGUUGACCUCAACCUCAAAGCCCGGUCCCUGCACACACAUUCCUCCCACAAACGCCCACACUCCCUCGCUGACCUCAAGAUGUACAAAGACACCAAAAUCUUGGUGGCUAAGUUUCUGGAGCAUUCAAGCUGCAGUUUACCUCCUGAAGUCCAGCAGGUCGUCAACAACAUCAAAUGUGUCAUCAAGUCGGACGAGAAACACAUGGAGGAGGCCAUUUUUAGUGCCAAUGUCAUUGAUCAGGUGAUGACCCAGUGUGCCGUGGGCAGUCCCAGGAAGCGCGGUCAGGAGGACCUCCACCUGCAGAGCUGCGGGGCUUUGAGUUCGUCCCCAUCCCCCUCCAUGCGCCACCCCAAGCAUAUCCCGCAAACAACAAGCGCCUCCACCAACCCACUGGACUCCCCUCCGUCUGAACAGAGCCUUGAGUGCAGAGAGACUAUUCUCUGACCACUCUGUCCAAAACUCUGAGAGCAUCACAGAUGACGGUGCUGCAGGCGCGCUGCCGGUGCGCGAGGUGCAGCCGGCGUCCGCGGGGUCACUCGCAGCUCUUCGGUGCGGGAGCGUUGACCUGCACAGCGCGGCUGCAGCACAGGCAAGCUGGAGUGCUCUUGCGUUCUAUCUAGUGCCCUGUGACACCGUGCCAAGUCAUCAGCAGAAAUGGUAGCAAACUCAGAGCGAGCCUGCCAUUGUCUGUAGUGGCUUCUUUCUCAUCAGAAGAACAAAGAAUGUUUCUCCCUCAGGGGGUAUUUUCUACUGAGUUUCAUCUCUUCAAAAAAGUAAAUGAAUAAGUACACAACUGGUGAAUUUGCAUCUGCGACUGAAGGACAAAGGGCUGACCGUAAGCCUCUUUGUCCGAAAAAGAAGAAACGCGUUUGUGUUAAACUGUGACCUGAACCGACUGGACAUUUUGCUAACUGUUGUUUGCAGAAUUUGUGGAACUGUUACUAAAGGGUGGUGAAUAUUUUGUGGUGCCGCUGGUUCAAGAACGUCACAGAUGUGGAUUAUUUAACUUACCUCAUUGUGUUACAAUUCUUAUCAGUGUUAAAUAAAAUAUGGGUUUGUA